GUCAACAAUACAUAGCUUUGUCUAUACUAACAUUUUCCUCAAUAAAUCUUGCAUGCAGUUCAGUAAGAAAAACGAUUACUCACACUAGCUUUGCAGCUUUACUUCAUCGAAUCACAUUUCCUGUGCUUUCAACAGUCACACAAAUGAAAAGAAAGGGAAGUAAAUACCAAAAUAAAACAUGUGUGUUACUGUGUCACUGUAUAGUCAAAAGAGCCCAAACUUGUGUUUGUAUUGUUUAAGUUUUAAAAUGAAACCUUAAGCUGGUAGACCAAAAGCAAGUAUCACAGAAUUCCUUAUGAAAGCUAGCGUAUGCCAAUAUUUUGGCAUCAUUGAUGUUUGGAAAUGGAAAAGAUUCAACAAACAUCCAUUUAUAUAUAGCAUAUAUUUUUAAGAUAUGGCAUGAAAACAGAACUUGGAUCAGAUAGAUUGAGAGAUUUGUUCAACAAAUUAAUGGAUUUGUUAACAAUAUGCUCAAUUCAUCUGAAUUGCUUCAAACGUGUCUGUUGAUGUUUACAGUCAGUCGGUCAAACCACAAAUAUUGCCCGGCCACUUGCUUCUGAAAUCACCUCUGCAUGUAAUCCAAGUAGAGAUCUCAUGACACACCUCGUGAUUGAUAUUUCACCAUAGAACGAGAACUUAUGCUUUUGUGGACUAAGGUUGACCCCAGAUAUAUCCACUUGUCAUGAUGGGAAUUUUAUUCUAAAUGCAGGCGGUUCACUUCCAAUCCAGGUAAAAGAUUCACUGAUAUCUGCUUUGCCCAUUAGCCUGUGGAACCUGGGCCUGUUUUUCCCAGAAAGCAGAAAAGUAGAAGAAAAGCAAAACAAUGCCCAUUUUUACACAAUGAUGUCAUUUCCACGCUCAAACUAUGAGUGGCUGAAGAGAGCUGCCAUUGUGUUCUUGUGAGCUUCAGGAUGUCCUGUCCGGGGGGAGGGAAGGGGGUAGUCGGGUGGUUGUUGGAAAGAGGACGUGACUGUCAGCCAUAGCUUUGCAAAUGAAGGUAGAGUUCGCUCGACAUGAAUCCUUAAAAAUCACAAACGAUAUCUUUGAAAUAUCUCAUGAACAAAUCUUUGUGAAGCUGGACGCUUAGCGGGGUCAAUUCCCUGGUACCAGUCUGGACAGUCUUGGUCUUUUGGAAGUGAUAAACCAGCAAGAAACUUGAGGAGACAUCUAAAGAUUUAUCUAAGGCUCCUAUUUGCAUCAUAAAGAACCUUGGUUCCAAUCAUCAGGCAUUUUUUUUUUACUAAAUCUGGAUGGGAAGCCUUUCAGUGGGUGUGAACUUCAAGGAAGUGAAUGAGGACAACAAGCGAGAGCUGUUCAGUGAUAUCUACUCAUCCAUAGACACACUGGCCUUCACCUUCGGCAAUGUAGUGUCUGACUUCCUUAUGGGCGAUGUAGAGAAUGGAUCAUCUUUGCGGCUUGCCCAGACCCGCAGGAGCAGGUCUACAGAGAACCUGUCAAUAGAGCUGGGUGGAGACAGUUCGGAAAAAAAUGACCCUCCAGGUCCUGCCUCCCCGGUGCGAGUGUUGGAGUUGGAUGAUGUUCUGCAGCGCAGUGAGAGCGGCGUGGAGUCGGCACUUCUCUACGCCAAAGCCUGGUCCAAAUACACCAAGGAGCUUCUGAACUGGGUCGACAAACGCCUCAGUAUGGAUGUGGAAUGCGCCAAAAACCUCACCAAGAUGGCCGAGUCCGCCAAGACGCUCGCCAGUCAGCAGGAGUACAUGCCGUUCCGUGAUAUUUACACGUCUGCCUUCCAGAACGAUCUCGAACACAGCCAAGUGCUUCUCCACACGGCCUCCGCUCUACAAGCCAACAAAUUCAUGCAGCCUCUUCAGGCACGGAAGAACGAGCUGGAUAAACUGAGGAAGGAGAUGAAGGAGCAGUGGCAGAGAGAGCAGAAGAAAAUGCACGAGGCUGAGAGUGCUCUGAAGAAAGCUCGGCUGUUGAAGGAUCAGAGACAGGAGGAGUACGAGCGAGCACGGAGCUCCACCAGCCGAGCCGAGGAGGACCAACUCGGAGCCGGGGGCAAGCAGCUGGAGAAGAGACGAAGAAUGGAGGAUGAGGCUCUGCAGAAAGCUGAAGAAGCCCGAGAGCACUACAGACACUGCAUUACCGACGUGAGUGUGAAGAAGCUGGACCUGGCCAACGCCAAGAGCGACAUCCUCGCCCAGAUCCGCACUCUGGUGUUCCAGUGUGACCUGACGCUUAAAGCGGUGACGGUGAAUUGGUUCCAGAUGCAGCAGGCCCAGGUGGUCUCUCUGCCCGUAAAUAACCAGAGCCUGUGUGAGAGCGCGAAGCUCUACGAACCCGGACAGCGCUACACCGAGUUUGUGAAGAGUCGAGCCGAAUCAUUCUCCUAUGACGCAGCAGGAACGCAGGGAGCAGGGUCUCCUCUGGUGAAACGGUCGAUCAGCACCAGUCUGUCGUCUCAGUUGUCCAUCACGUCUGGAGACUGUCUGAGCUCAGACGAGGUGGACGUCCCGGCUCCGACCCGCACGGGCAAAAUCGCAGAGAGACGCUCUCACAGCAGCACCGACAUUCAGGGUCUUCGAAUCCAGGUUCCGUUUAAACCCUGGACUACAUCGGGACAGGGAGGGGGCAUGUGCAGCGACUCGGAGAGUGCUGGGGGCAGCAGUGAGUCUCGUUCGAUGGAUUCACCUACAGCUAGUCCAGGGGAUUUUAAAAGGAGGCUUCCCAGAACUCCAUCCACUGGGACCAUGUCUUCAGCAGACGACCUGGACGAGAGAGAGCUGCCUUCACCUUCCGAUAACGGUUUAAACGAGAUGGUGACGGAGACAGCGAGUUCUCCCGGACCUUUCCGGAACACUCAGAUGUCCAAAGCGGCGCAGACGCACAAGCUGCGGAAGCUUCGCGCUCCAUCUAAGUGCAGGGAAUGCGACAGUCUGGUGGUGUUUCACGGUGCUGAGUGUGAGGAGUGCUCUCUGGCUUGCCAUAAGAAGUGUUUAGAGACGUUGGCCAUCCAGUGCGGCCACAAGAAGCUGCAGGGGAAACUGCACUUGUUUGCUGUGGACUUUGCCCAGGCGGCGAGGAACAGUACUGAUGGAAUCCCCUUCAUCAUCAAGAAGUGCACUUCGGAGAUUGAGAACAGGGCCUUGGGCAUUAAGGGUAUCUACAGGGUGAAUGGAGCCAAGUCACGUGUGGAGAAGCUGUGCCAAGCAUUUGAAAAUGGGAAGGAUUUGGUCGAGCUGUCGGAUCUGUAUCCUCACGACAUCAGCAACGUGCUCAAACUCUACCUGCGACAGCUUCCCGAGCCUCUGAUCCUCUUCCGAUACUAUAACGACUUCAUUGGCCUGGCCAAAGAGAGUCAGAGCAUCAUCAUGGAGGAGGUGGAGGCGUCCCGCAGCGUCUCGUCCACUGAUCCUCCACCGAUCAGCGUUGAGCUCAAACGCGUUCUCUUUAAAAUGAAAGACCUCCUGCAGCAGCUGCCUUCUGCGCAUCAAAAAACCCUGCAGUUCCUCGUGCAGCACCUGCACAGAGUCACAGAGAAAGCAGACGAGAACAAAAUGACCGCCAGUAACCUCGGCAUCAUCUUUGGGCCGACGCUGAUUAAGCCGCGGCAGACGGACGCCGAGGUCUCGCUCUCGUCACUGGUGGAUUACCCAUACCAGGCGCUGAUCAUCGAGCUGCUCAUCAGGCACUACGAGCUCAUCUUCGAUUCUCCACUCAGCCCCGUGGACGAAAGCUCGCCCCUGCCUAUCAAAUCCCGCUUCACCCCUCAGGAGAAGGAGCGGCGCCUGAACCGCCACUCCAGAUCGCUGGUGGACAUUAAAGAGCAGCACCACAGUGCAAAAGCCUAUAAAAGGCACUCGUCUGUGAUUCCCUCGACACACCUGCUGGAGGAAGUAAAGGAGGCCAAAGCAAUGCCUGAUGGGGCAGAUUUUGCUCCAGUCGAGCUGGAGAAUGUGAACGGUGUCCUCUCCUCGAGCGCUCCCGAAGUGCGGAACUCGCCCCGACUCAUCCGGCAGAGCCACGUCAGCCGAGUGCAGCUUCGUCCCCGUCCCAAAUUGAGCUCUCGGCCCAUGAGCAUGCCUCCUGAGCGGCUCCUGAACGCUCGUAACGCUGCCUCUGACCUGGCAAUGCUAAAAGGUCCCGACCCUGCCAUCGAAGAGGUUUCUGAAGAAGAGCGGCCCAAAGGCAGGGCCGCUAAUCAUUACAGGAACACAUAUAUUGACACGCAUACGCUACGCAGGACGUGGGAUAAACAGUACAAACACUACGGCGUUACUCCUCGUACGGCCAUGAUCGUGGCCAAACUUCCUGCUGACACGGAAAUAAGUCACAUGACCCUUUCCUCCACAUCCACUGGUAGUAGCACUAACAUUAGCAAGACAGACGAGGUCGACCAUAGCCGUGUCCAAAACGCCUUUAGACCCCCUCGCACCCUUCAGCCUCCGCCCGGGACGUUCUACAAACCUCCAGGAAACCGGGACAAAGUGUUAGCUCUAGAGCAAGCGUUAACUCAAGAGCCAACAUUAGAAGACCAAAGUGUUCCACCGAAACAGGAAGUAAAGAUCACUAACAGCAUCGAGGACGAGGAAGACGAUGAGGACGAUGAGGUGGAGGAAGGAGUAGACGAGGAAGGGUUCAGCCUCGAGGUCUCUGUGGAUGAAGAUCCCGCUCAAGAUCCUCAGCUCAACCAAAUCCAGAACAAACCGGUUUACCCGAGACUGCGUGCGAGACACAUGCAGGACUUUGAGAACCGGGAAGCCCACUUUGUAUGAGAACUUACAUUUAAAUACACACUGUAUGAAGACAUUUUAUGAACUUUUUUGCUACAAUGACACAUUUUUAUACAUAUAUACUGUAUAUAUAAGCUUUAUAUAUAUUAAUAUAUUACUCCUUAUGUUUGGAGACGGCAGCUUGUGAUGACAGAACAAGCUCAGGAGCCAGUAUUAAUACAGGAUGCACUUAGCUUUCUUACUCCACGUGUUUCCUUUGUAAAGAAGUACAAAGAAAAGGACCAAAACAUUAUGUUUUUUUGAACGGAGAUUUGCAGUCAGAAACAACUGCAUCUGACACGAACGUUUUUUACCGAACACCACUAUCAGGACUCCAUUUCAACUUUGUUGUGCAAUUUCACUUUUUUUUUGAUCAUUUGCAUUGUACUGAAUGUUUAAUAUAUGCAUGUUACAGUGUAUUCCCUAUCUUUCACACCAAAAAAUGAUUUCAUGAACCCUU